GUUGUUUAUUUUCACAGAGUACAUUUAUUUACUUCUCCAAUCCAAUUUUCGAAUUUUAGUGAUAUAUCCUUUUUUUAUUAGGUUCAUUUUAACAUUUACGUUUGUGUUAUAAAAGUUGUCAUUAAACAUAGUAGUGUAAUAGAUUAUUUGCUAAAAUAUUGCUCGACUUUAGUAUUACAACUAAAUGAUUGUUGAUUGUAAUAUUAUAACCUAUAAGAGAAAUGGCAGAAUUAAACGUAGACGAAACCAUAACAAAAUACGAGAGCUUCAUUAACGAUGUUCUAAAAGAAGACUUGCGACAAUUGCACCAGCGACUGCAGGGUGUUAACGCAGAGAUAUCUGAUUUAAUACAACAGAAGCACACAUUAAAAGUUAUCACUAACAAGCAAACACACCCACAUGGGUUUAAAACACAAGUAAAUAUAGGUUGCAAUUUUUUCAUGGAAGCCGAAGUACCUGAUACAUCCACUUUACUCAUGAAUAUUGGUCUGAAUCACUAUUUAGAGUUAAGUAUAGAAGAAGCAAAUAAGUAUUUAGAUGUAAGAAUAAAAGCUUAUGAGAAGAAAGCAGAAGAAUUGCAACAGAAAGCUGCUGAGACUAAGGCACAUAUAAAGAUGAUGUUAUUCGGUAUUGGAGAGUUACAAAACAGUGCUUCAGGGAAAAAAAGUUGAUAAUUUAAUAAAAUUAUAUUGUCAAAAUUUGUUUAAAAAGUUACAAUUUGUUUAUUGUUAUAUUAUUAUAAUCAAUUACAAUCAUACUUAAUGAAAACAUAAACAAGUUUUGUUGAAAUUAUCACAGAAAUAUUCACAUAAUGAAAUUAGUUUGCUAAUAAUUGCUUGAUAAUUGGAUUAUUUAAUAAAUUAAAUUUUUAUUUGUAUAACUAUUGGAUAUCAGCAGAUGGUCUUUUUGUCAAGUUAAUUAUUAAUUUGUUUACAUUUUGAUCGAGUUCUAUCGUAACAGACUAUAGUAAAGCAAAUUGGCUGCUUGAAGGUCAGUGGCUACUAUGACCUAUUAAUAUUGUAAUAUCUGAGCCAUCACCGUCACAUUGCCUUUAGACUUUAAUAUUUUGGGUAACAAUUUCAUUGCCAUAUCUCAUUACAUUUCAUGUAAUUUACUAUUUAUUGUGUUGUGAUAGAAUUUCUUAUCGUCGUAUCAACUUGAUGAUUAUUAUUGAACAUAGGCCUCCUCCAUAAGGGAUGGUUUUGCCAGUAGUUGCUACAAUUAAAGAGCAGAUUGGCAACUGAAGUUAGGCUUUGCAGAUGUUUUAAGAGGACUGAAGGAAUUUCUUAUACUGAUAAUAUUACUAUUACAAA